AUGCCACCCUACACGACCACCCAGAAACACCAAAUCGCUGAGUUCGUCAGCUGUACACGGACAAAAGAGUCUGUUGCUACUAAAUUUCUAAAAGCAUGUGGUUGGAGUUUACCUCCAGCGCUCGACGCAUUCUUCGCAGUCGCAUCUGGCACCUCUGCAACUAUAACCUCAGAACUUACAAAGAUCUUCGAAAGCUACCGAGAUGAUCCAGUCGACAGCCCAGAUACCAUCGGUAUCUCACGAGCAAUAGAUUUCCUCGGCGAUUUGAAAGUCGAGCUCGAUGAAGUAACCUGCCUAGCCAUCGCUGAGCUACUCCAAUCACCAUCGAUGGGCGAGUUCACCCGUGAAGGAUGGAUGGAAGGAUGGCUGAAAGCCCUCUGUGACACUAUGCCAAAAAUGCAAGCGUAUGCCAAAUCCCUCCGGGAGAGAAUCCCCCGAGAACCAGAGACCUUCCGACGAGUCUACAGAUACGCAUUCCCACUCUCACGAAUGCAAGGACAGCGCAAUCUGCAAUUCGAAAUCGCCGCCGAGCAAUGGCGUCUUUUCUUCACGACCGACCAUGGUGGUGUGGCGUGGAACACGGAAACGACACCAUGGCUGGAUUGGUGGAUUGAGUUCCUUGAGGAACGCGGGAAGAAGCCAGUUAAUAAGGAUCUGUGGGAGCAAAUUGAGGUGUUUAUGCGUAAGAGUCUAGAGGACGAGGAGAUGGGAUGGUGGAGUCCUGAUGGGGCUUGGCCUGGUGCGCUGGACGACUUUGUUGCUUGGGUGCAGGCUAAGAGGGGGAAGGGAUCGGAAAUGGAGGUUGAAUAA